AUGAACCCGUCCCCUGUUGCAUUUCAUGAUGGUGGAUACCAUCUGGUAGCUCCUGGUGAACUGUAUGGGAACCGUUACGAAGUUGUCAGCCAUAUUGGUAGGGGUCAAAAUUCCGAGGUGUGGCUCGUUGAAGACCGACAAGAGCAGCGGGAGGCUGCAUUGAAGGUUUUGACGGCCAGAGCAACCAGUGAAAUCCCUUCGGGCCCUGACGAAGUGGGUAUGCUGAAGAUUCUGCGCAACAAGAAUCCGGAUUACCCGGGUUAUGGCAACAUACGCCACUUGUUGGACGACUUCGUCCACCAUGGACCCCAAUGGAAGGCAUACCUGUCUUAUUUUAGAGCCGAUGGACCUCAGCGUCGAUAA